AUGGCAGUCCGACCAGACGAUGGACUCUCACACUACGUAUGUUUACUAUGUAUAGGAGGCUUGGAAUUUAUAAGCGAUUUCCAAAAACAGUGCCAUGAUACUCAAAAAAGUUUGCAUUCCUCACUGAAUGCGUCAAAUAUAGAAGUGCCAAAUAAAAAACCUGAAAGCGAUGGAGAAUCCGAUAAAGAGAAUGCUUCUCCCAGCAAAAAAUCAACUUCAGAUAAUCUUCCAAAUAGUAAUAAUAUUUGUGAUAAACCGUGUGAUGAAAUUACCAUUAAUGCGAGUCCACAAAUAAGCAAUUCAAUGAUGUUAGAUACAUUUGAUACGGAACAAACAGCAAAUAUUUUAAUGCAAAUAAAGAAUUCAAGAAGUUUGGAAACAAAAAGAGUUGGUAGAAAUACGCCUAAAUACGUGACUGAAAGUACAAAGAUAAACGUUAAGAAUAAUAAAAAGAUGAAAAGUAUCAAUAAUUCUCCAAAAAUUACAAGUUCUAAGACAAAAAAUAUCAAAGAAAAUGUUGAUCCCAAUGAUGUCGGAUGCAAUAAUCAAGGAGACGUUAUUUUUGAAGGAACGGUAGUUGAUUCUUCCGAAGGCACAUCAAUUAUCAUGCCUAUAAAAAUUGAUUCGAUCAACGCAAAUUUGCAACUUGACGAUGCAGUGAUGGCAGAUGUUGCAGAUACCGACUCCUUGUACACCCCAACAAUUCUCAACGGCUCCAAUGACCAAUCGUUUUUUUCCAAAGAGCACCUAUCAGGCAAAAUUGAUGAAAUUGACGGAGCAAAAGUAUCUGAAUCUUAUUUGCAGUUCUCCCCAUCUAGUCCAUUUAACUCAUCAAAACAUGAAAAGAUGUCGAAAUUACUCACAAAAGAACAGAAAGAAGAAAUAGAGAAAUCUUAUGUGAUGGACCAUUCACUCAUUGACGAGGAAAAAAUAUCUAGUUAUAUGACGGAACAAAUGAACAACAAAAGUAAAAAAUCCUACGUCUGCACUUACCAAAACUGCAAUCGGAUUUUUGACAGGCGUGAUAAGUGUGGAGUACACAUUCAAGGACACUUGGAUAUGAAACCGUACUUGUGCAAACAGUGCAACUUUAAAACAGUUACCGUCUCAAAUGUUAAAAUCCACAUAAAUAAAGUUCAUCUCAAAGUUAAGCCAUAUUCGUGCUAUUUGUGUCCAAAAACGUACAAUACGCAUAGCGCUUUGGUGGAUCAUAUUAACGGACACCAGGGCCUGAAACCUUACGAAUGUGACUCUUGCUCAUUCAAAUGCGGAAGCAAACAAUCAGUUAGGAGUCACAUAUUAAAUCACCACCAAAAAUUAGCCAAAGAUUUUCCUUGUGACAUAUGUGGUAAAUUAUUUUACCGAAAAAACCAAAUGCAAACUCACAGAGUGAUUCAUGACAAAAGCCGCAGAUUCAAGUGUAACCUUUGUUCCUCUUAUCUCUUGAGCAGAGAGUCCCUUCAGCUGCACAUGCAAAGGUCACAUCAGAAAAAUUAUGCCUGUGACAAUUGUGAAAAGUCAUUCGUCAGCAAAAAGGCAUUAAACAAUCACAAAAUUACUCAUUUCCCACCUCGAUACAAGUGCAUCUAUUGCGGCAAUUUUUACAAGAGUAAACAUACCCUCAGAGAUCACACGUGGUAUCACCAUGAAUCCAUUUACAAGUACAUUUGCUCCAAGUGCGGUAAAAAAUGUAAGUCAAAGGCUAAUCUCUCAACGCACAUGGCGGUACACAGUAGCAUAAGAUUCGGUUGCCCUUCUUGUGGAAAAGCUCCCAGUAAUCGUUAUGACAAUUUGAAAGAACACAUGAAAAAAUGCAUAAAGGAUAGGCCUGACUUACAACACUAUCUAACACGAAGACCGAUAAGUUACUCAAAAAACAGAACUGCCAGAGUUAAAGCAAAAAAUUAAUAUACUAUUUCAGGGUUCAUAGUGACGAACGAAAUAAGGCUCAAUAUUUUGUAACACGUUUUUAUACUAUUUUUUUACAGUAGUAUUUUCCAUUAGGGAAUAAACAUAUUUUUUAUAGAUCAUCGAAAUGAUGAAUUUGUGUAAACGAUGCGUCUAAACUUGUGUCACGGGAAGUUAUCCGUGAAAAACAAGGUAAAUUAAGUAUAAGUGCAAAAAAAAGGAAAAAAAGAAGAAAAAAAAAUGAUAAAAAGUAAUUUUUGUACUCCAUUAUUAAAGUAUAAGCUGAAAUAUAAUCCCCUCGAAUCAAUACGUGUUAAUUAAAACACGAUCUCAUGGCAGUAUUUUUAUAACAAUUUUUUAAUCGCGAAAAAUAAUCGUAAGGCUGGAAAUGUGAAAAUAUUUUUACACGUCGGAAGAUAAAUUUUGAAAACUUACGCCUAAGAUUGAUUCAUAUUUUGAUAAGCUCAAUAUUUUCGAGGAUAUAAGUAAUAAGAAGCAUAAAGACUAUAUUUUUUAAGGAAUUAACAUGUACUCAAUAUGUUCAAGACUGAACAACAAACAAGCAAACGUGUACCUACAUUUUAUAAUUUUCUAAUAAAGUUUUGAAAAAAAAAAAAAAAAAA